UGUUAGCCAAUUAAGGCAGUGUGAGCAUGAGGAGAGCGAGCAGGAGAAGGAGAAGGAGGCAGGGCACCUACGGUCGGCUCCUUCUCCAGAACCACGCGGCGGGAAAGGAGGUUAGAGGACUUUUUCUUCUUGGGACGCCGCAUCCAUGGAGCUCCGACCCCAUUGCCACUGCCAUACAUGGAGCUCUGGCCCAUGGCCAACAGCUCAAGUGUUUUCCUCGCACACGUUGGUGCGACACAGAGACACCGUGGGGAUUCCUUCCACUACGACGUCUCCUGGUUUCUCCUCCGGUGCCCCCGUUCUUCUUCCACUUCAGCAAGUGGUGCACGACAGAGCCAGUUGUGUUUGGUGUGCGCAGGUUGGAUUCUUCUUCCACUCCGGAAAUCUGGUCUAUCCUGUUUCCAUGGCAAAGGAGAUGAUGCCCUUUGUGGAAACCGCUGACGCACGUGUUGCUCUCCAGAGAUUGCGAAGGCGACCAGUGGUUCUAGUGCUAAAG